AUGGUUGGUGGGCCAGUGCCAGAUGACGCCGUGGCCUGGGAUGAGGAAGUGGCCAAGUUCGUGGAUGAUUCGUCAGGACAGCUGUUGGAUCCAGACUUGGUUGCAAAGGCUCGUCAGGAAGAGCUGGAUUGGUUGAGGAAAGAAAAGGUGUAUGAGAGGGUGCCUGCAUCAGAGUGUCAGGGCAAACCUCUCCCACUCAAAUGGGUGGAUGUCAACAAGGGAGAUCACACAGCUCCCAAAAUCAGAAGUCGCUUGGUGGCGAAGGAGAUCAAGCGAGCAAAACCACUUGCUGAACAACUUGGAGCUGAUACAUUUGCUGCAACUCCGCCUUUGGAGAGUGUCUACGCGCUGAUGAGUGCUUUCAUGACACGCCGUGAACGUGGAGAAGUUCGCAAGAUGAUGGCAGCUUGGGAUGUGUCACGAGCUCACUUCAUGGGCAAGGCAGCCAGGGAGAUCUUCGUGGAGCUCCCCGAGGAGGACAAGCACCAGCCUGAAGAUGAAGUUCCGAUGGUUGGCAGGCUGCUGCGCAGCAUGUACGGGACGCAAGAUGCGUCUCAAAUCUUCCAGAAGGAUUACCAGUGCUGGUUGAAAAGCCAGGGUGCACAGUUCAGUGCACUGUGCCCAGCAGUUUUCCAGGUGAAGAACAUGAUGGGUUUGGUGCAUGGUGAUGACUUCCUUUUGGUGGGGAGCGAAGAGGAACUACGUUGGUUUGAUGAGAUCUUGAAUGCCAAGUACACGGCUAGAUGGGAAGCCUUGCUUGGCAAAGAUGGCAAUGAGGCACAGGAGAUGUUCUUUCUCAAUCGUUUGGUCCGUUACUAUCCAGAUGGAGCGGAAGGAGGUGAACGUUUGGAGAUCGAAGCUGAUGCAAGACACGUUGACUUGCUGGUGAAGGACUUCGGCUUCGAUGAUCGAACAAAGGGAUGUGACAUUCCUGAGGACAAGCCUACGCAGGUGGACUUCCUGGAGACUGAGAGACAGCCUUGCCUGGACGCAAAACAGUCCAGUCAGUUCAGGUCUAUGGUCAUGAGGAUGGCCUACUUGUCUUCUGACAGGCCUGACCUUUGCCAUUCGGUCAGAACGUUGGCAGGAGCAAUGAAGGGGCCCAAGAUGAACGAUUGGUUGAAGCUCAAGAAGGUGGUGCGCUAUUUGCUGAAGUACCCGUACCUCAAAAGGAUCUUCUACAAGCAGACGCUUGAGAAUGCCGGGGUGAUCGCCUUUAGCGACUCCGACUGGGCUGGCGACCUGAAGACCAGAAGGUCCACUUCAGGAUCUGUGAUCAAGUUUGGUGAUCACACCCUGUUGGUUAAGGGGUCGAGCCAAAAGGUGGUUGCACUAUCCAGUGCGGAGAGCGAGUACUAUGCUAUGGCGAGGACGGCGACGUUGGCCGAGUUUGUCAGGGGCAUCUUCGACUUUUGGGGUUGGAGAACGAGGUCCACAAGAUUGCGGGUGGACAGCAGCAGCGCCAAAGCCUUGAGCGAAAGACGUGGCGUGGGGCAGAGUCGCCACAUACAGGCGAAAUUCCUUUGGCUGCAGGACAAAGUGGCCGAAAAGGAGUUAGAAGUUGAGAAGAUCAAGGGGCCGGUGAAUGACAGCGAUUUGGUGACGAAGGUUCAAACCAGAGGCAUCAUUCAGUCGCAUUUGCAGCGACUGGGUUUCACAGUGAGCGGGACUGAGACCUGGGAGUGGAUCAAGGCGGAACCCAGCUGUACACCUCCCAAGGAUGACAUCUUGGCUGUGGGGACAACGCCCUGUAACUAUACGGCCUGGUGCAAACGCGCCAAUGGCAAGGUGCCGGAGUGGUGUCAAGGCUCGGAUUGCCUGGCAGCGGGAGGGUGGGAUUUGUCCACCUUAGAGCCAUUUGCUUCGGUGCACGUGAUAGCACAGGGUGCUUCAGAGUUUUGGACGAUCCAGGGAAACAACGUGAUGGCUUCCACAUCAGAUGGUGAAGGCGGACGGACCGACACCGGAGUUAGUACACAGCUUACUACUUUGGUCCCGACGUUUGACCCAUCGAAAGACAGUCUGCAAAUCUACAAACAGAAAGUUGAACUAUUGCUCGCAGCAUGGCCGAAGACGAAAAUCACAGAGCUGGUGAUGAGGCUCAUCCUCAAUUGCCAGGGCAGUGCAUUCUCCAAACUCCAGUUGCACCAGGCCGAGCUCAUGGAGAACGAUGAGAAGAGCGUGAGAAAGGUGAUUGAAUUGCUUGGGGGCCAUUGGGGCCGCAUAGGCCUGGAACGACAGUAUGAAGAGGCGGAACAGGCCCUUUAUCAUACAGUUCAGAUGCGGGACGAAUCGAACGACAGUUUUCUGGCCCGAGCUGACAUUGCUUGGAGCAAAUUCCUGGCGCAGAAGAUUUCCAUACAGGACCUUCAGGCUUUUGUGAUGCUGCGGGGUUCAACGUUAACUCCGGAGGAAAAGAAGAAGGUCAUUUUGGAGUCUGACAACAGCCUUGAAGGGAAGUUGACAGUAGGCCGGGUGUCAGAGGCAAUUCGAAUCUUAGGUGCCACGUUCUUUCAGGAGAUGACUGGCCAGAAAUCGACCAGCAAACAAAAGGUAUACAGCUCAGCAACUCUGGUGACAGAACACGAUGAUGAUGAAGACCAAGUAUACCAUGCUCAGGAAGAUCAAUGCGAGGAAGAGUUCAUCGAAGCUCUCUUGAGUGAGGGCGACACAGAUGCAGCUUUGGUCUCAGAUUUUGAGGCCGCAGCCAAUGAACUGUUGCAGGAAGACAGUGAUCUGGCCGCAGCUUACAGUACUUACACCGAGGCUCGUCGUAGAUUGACAGAGAAGUUCAAGAAUCGAGGGUUUUGGAAUACAAGCCGUCCCAACCCAUCACAGUCCAAAGGCAAGGGCUCUUUUGCCAAAGGUGGUGGAAAAGGGAAAAGUAGCUGGAACCAGAAGCCCCGUAGAAGCCUUCAGGAUCGAAUCUUGAACUCAUACUGCAGAAACUGUAACCGAAAGGGUCAUUGGAAAGCUGAGUGUCCUUUCAGAUCAUCCGGAUCGUCAAUGUCAGGGACACCAUCAGGUACGUCCACGUCAGCCGGAAGCCAGCCAACGACCACAGUUUCAGUGGAAGGAUCGGAAGACAUCAUGCCCAUGGAGUUUUUGCAUCUCCCGACUGUAGGUGAAGAGUCCAUAGAUGACACUGUGCCAGUUUUGGUAAGUUUUUGUGACUCCAGGUUUGGUAAGGGAACUAUUUUUCCUAAGAUGAUUCAAGGGGAAUAUCAUGGGGAUAAUGGGAUCCAUAGUAUUACCAAGCCGACUGCAAAAGCCCGUUUGCAAUCAUGGGGCCUCAGGAGUGAAAGCCAUGAGCCCCGACCGAAUGCCAAUGUUGCCUGCACACUGAAUAGAAGCUUUUGCGUUCUGAGAGGGAACAAGUCUCUCCACCAUGCCAGAUUUCCGAGACAUCAACCUGAUGUCCACUCCAUGCCGAGGGUUCCAUCAAAGACGAAACCGACCAUUGUCAUGUCAGAACAACCAGAAAGUGCCACCGCUUGUUUCGCGUCGCAUGGUUCACAUGGAAUCCUGGACCUAGGUGCAUCGAAGACAGUGAUUGGUAGCCAGCACUUAGGUGAGCUAAUUCGCAGCCUGGACCCCGACAUCCGCCGACAGCUAUCCCGAUGUCCAUGUAACAUUGUGUUUAAGUUUGGUAACCAGUCCACUCUGACAAGUUCUGAAGCCUUGGUCGUGCCCAUUGGUUCACUCAGAUUAAAGGUGGCUGUAGUCCCAGGUGGAACACCAUUCUUAAUUAGCAACACGUUGAUGCGGACGUUGCGUGCCACGAUUGACUGCGCAACCCAAACAUUGUCCAGUGCCCAGAUGUCAAAGCCGAUUUCACUUCAAUUAACUGCCAAAGGGUUGUUUUUGUUGGAUAUCAAUGAGUUAAUCAGGGCCACCAUGGAUAAUACUCACACUGACCGAAGAGUCAGAACUGAGGGUUGUGCCGAGACUUUCAUGUCCGAAGAGACCGCCAAAAGGAAUGAUCUCCAAGAACCGCUGCCAGCAGACCACACCCAUGCAGUAAAGAUCAACAGUCAUGAUGAGGCAGGUCAGGUGAAGAGUCAUGUUCACGCAAGUGGGGAAAUCAGUGAUAUUCAAGCGUCUCAGGAAAUCGAUCGACCGACAGCCACUGACCAGGCAAGACCUUUUGCAAAGCCUUCCGAACCAUCAGUCCCGCCGUCCAGUCAUGUCGUUGUCGCAAAGACUACGCCAGUUGCAGGUGCAGUCAGUUGUGGAACCGGUGGCAGUAGACCACCUCACUCUGGAGGAACUGUCAUCAGAGGUGGUGACGUUCGGACAGAAGUUCAAUGGCCGCACCUUCGAGGACACCUGGCAGGAUCAGGAGUGGAUCCAGUUCAUGAUCAAUCGCUAUCAGAAAAGUCAGAAGGAGUCCCACAGGCGAUUCAUGAAGUACGUCGAGUUGAAGGUCGAGGCUCUGGAACAGAACCAAGGGGUGAUUCCCCGAGGCAGCCAAGUGGGAGGCCUCAACCGUCCUCAAGCCAAAGCCAAGGCCACAGCCAAGUCCCACGCUGCUCCUUCUCUCAUCUCUUCGCUGGGAGAGAGCGACUGGGACAUUCCUUCCGAGAUGUACGAGCCAGCGAUUAUGGAUCAUCGAGCUCUUCCAGCCUCCGAGGACUGGAUGGCAAUGCAAGCUCGAAUGCUGAACAUGGAGAACGCAUUGACCAGAGUCAUCCAGCAUUUGGAGCAGCAGACCAACCCGGACCAGAUCAAUGCCGAGGACCAGGACAAGUGAGAGAGGACUGGGAUGAAUCAGUGCUGACAGCUAUGCACCAUGAAGCAAAACACAUGAAACAUCUCAUUCAACAAUUCAAUCAAGAACUUCAAGAGAUCAUCUACCAAACAACACCCAUGGGAAAACCCUAUGAACUUGGUGAAGUAAUGUGCAGUAGUAACUCACCGUUGACCCAUCAAAUGCUUCAGCUUGGCAAGUCAGCUUUCCGGUUCGGAUACAUGCAGGGAGAUUUAGCCCAAGCAUCCGGCAGGAAGGAAUUGUUCCGGUUGAUGGCCAGACACCGACCAACUCAUGUCUGGUACAGUCCCACCUGUGGACCCUGGUCAGCAUGGUCACAGUUGAAUGCCUCUAGGUCCAUGCAACACCAUGAUGAGUAUGAGAAGAAACGACAUGACUUGCUGUAUCAAUUAGCCCUGGGAAUUGUCCUAUACCGACAUCAAGUGUCACUUAGUAAGCAUUUCCACUGGGAACAACCAAAGCGGUCAUUGAUGUUUCAGACACCCCUCCUUGCGGAAGUCCAUGAACAUACUCAAGCCUGCCAAUUCGAUAUGUGUCGGGUUGGACAUCUCAAGGACCCAGAGAACGGAAUGUUCAUGCAAAAGGGAAUGACCCUGUUAACCACGUUUGCGCCUCUUUUCCAACAACUUCAUGGAAUGUGUUGUGACCAUCGCCAUGACCACCAGGCUAUCGAAGGUUCAUGCCGUGUCAAGAACGGACAAAGCAUGCUGAGGACCCAAUAUACCGAGAUCUACCCACGGCGGUUUGCAAGAACUGUUGCUCAGGUGUUAGGCAAAGGUAACCAAUGCUGGCCAUAUAACUGGCAACCAGGAAUGCUUUGCUUUGCAACCGCCAAUGUCGGAGUUCCAACGGAUGAGCCGAGCCUGGCAGUGACGAAAGUCCGGAAACCUCCAAGUUUUCCAAAAUCGGAAGUGUUGUCUCCGCUUGCCCGAUCAAAAGAAGGUGCCAAGAGAUCCAAAACGGAUCCCAACCAAACCUUGUUGCCAACUCUGGAGAUGUGUCAGGAAGCCAUUCAAGCAGUAGGGAACCACCUGCCCAGAGUAGGAAAAACAGAGAUCACCGACCAAGCUGUGUUGAACAUGUUGAAGAAUGUAUUUCCUGACAAACGAAUCCACCGAGUGAUGGCAUGCAGGGGUACUGACAGAACAAUGGCACCACCUCCCGGAAUGCAUCCUCAGGAAGCACCAUUCCGAAAGAUGCUCAUGCUGAGUAGGACUGGAGAAGUUCGUUUUGAAGCUCACUGGGAGAGAUGGAUAGAGUUAUCUAAACGACAGUUAAUAAGACCAUCUCAUUCCUGUCGAAUCAACAUCACGGUGUUUGCAGUUGACCCCAAAUCUACGGAGAUCCCGAAGCCUCAAAGUAAGUUAGAUCAGGGAUGUCAGGAAGAAGCAACACCAGAUCCUGCAAAAGCUGAGAUGCAUCCGGCGCCCAAUAUAGACCAAUUCGAGAGUCACUUGCAUGAGCCACCUGCCUGCAGUGAGAAACCAGGCUCCGAAGAGGGCCUUUCUCCAAGCAAUGUAAUUCCUGUGCAAGUGACCAAACCACCGAAUAUGGAGCCAGUGGAGAAUGUUCCCAAGAUGCACGCCAAAUCGAUGCCUUCAAGUUACCCAGAAGCCAGAGCGGAGGAAGGAUCCAAUACCCACUCCUCUGCGGCCUCGAGGCCACUACCGGAGUGCGAAAGCACCCAACAUGGACCACGAUUUUUGGGUUUGCCAAAGUGGGAACAACAAGCCAUCAUCCGCAUGCAUAAGAACCUUGGCCACCCAUCUAAUGAUCGCUUGUCAAGAGCACUCCAGGUAAGUGGAGCGAGACCAGAAAUGGUUCAGGCAGCUUUGGAAAUUCGAUGUGCGACAUGUGCAGCCACGGCUCCCCAAACAUGCCAGACCAGCAUCCCUGAAAACCAUGAUGGAUUUCAACCACAAAAUAUACCUUGA